UCUUUCUCCCCAUUUUCUCUACUCUGGAGUUUUCAUCUGGAUAUUUUACUUCAGUAUGCCGUGUGUUGUGAUGGCUGGCCAGAUGUGGAUGAAUGUGCCCUUGGACUUGAUGACUGUCAUCCAGAUGCUAUUUGUCAAAACACCCCGAAGCUGUACAAGUGCAUGUGCAAAGUGGGUUACACUGGCGAAGGGAAGAAAUGUGAAGACGUUGAUGAAUGUGAUAACGACUUCAAUGGCGGCUGCGUGCACGAGUGUUUCAACAUUCCAGGAAAUUAUCGCUGCACUUGCUACGAUGGCUUCAUGUUGGCUCACGAUGGCCACAACUGCCUGGAUACAGAUGAAUGCAUGUUCAACAAUGGUGGUUGCCAGCAUGUUUGUGUUAACACUGUGGGGAGCUAUGAAUGUCGCUGUAAGGAAGGGUUCUUCCUAAGCGAUAAUCAGCACACCUGCAUUCAUCGCUCAGAAGAAGGUAUGAGCUGCAUGAAUAAAGAUCAUGGCUGUGCCCACAUCUGCAGAGAAACGCCCAAAGGAGGGGUUGCCUGUGAAUGCCGACCGGGAUUUGAGCUGUCCAAGAACCAGAGGAGCUGCAUUUUAACAUGUAAUCAUGGAAAUGGUGGCUGUCAACAUACAUGUGAUGAUGCUGAUAAUGGACCUAUUUGUGGAUGUCACCCCAAGUACAUCAUGCAUGUGGAUGGGAAAACCUGCCUGGAGAGGGAGGAGGCUGCUCUUGAAACUUCUGAGGGAAACACUACAGCAGGAGCCGAUGUGGACAAGAGGGUAAAGCGACGAUUGCUCAUGGAAACAUGUGCAGUGAAUAAUGGUGGCUGUGAUCGUACGUGUAAAGAUACAUCGACCGGAGUUCACUGCAGCUGUCCUGUUGGAUUUACACUCCAGUUUGAUGGGAAGACAUGUAAAGAUAUUGAUGAAUGCCAGUCCAAUAAUGGAGGCUGCGAUCAUUUCUGUAAAAACACUGUAGGCAGUUUUGAUUGCAGCUGCAGAAAAGGAUUUAAAUUAUUAACAGAUGAGAAAUCUUGUCAAGAUAUUGAUGAAUGUUCUUUUGAACGGACAUGCGACCACACGUGCAUCAAUCAUCCAGGCACCUUUGAAUGUACUUGUAACAAAGGAUACGCCCUCUAUGGCUUCACGCAUUGUGGAGAUAUUAAUGAAUGUAGCGUCAACAAUGGUGGUUGCCAACAGAUAUGUGUGAACACAGCGGGAGAUUAUGAAUGCCUGUGUCACUCUAACUACAAAUUACAUUGGAAUAAAAAGGAUUGCGUUGAGAUAAAGGAGCCCCUGCCUGAUAAUGUGUCACCCAAGGUAUUGCUGCACUGCAUUAAGAGUGGUGGGAGUGAUAGAUGCUUCUUAAGCUGCUCUUCGGAUGUCCAGGUAGUUUCUGGAACACAAGAUGCCUACACCCUCACCUGUGGCAACUCUUCUCAGAUUAAGAAAAAGCAGCAAAAUACAAAUGCAUCCACUUGGCUGGAUGCCUCAGCCAUCAAGAUAAGUGUAACCUUUAAGUUAAAUGAAGGAAAAUGUAGUUUGAAAAAGACUGAGAUGUUUCAAGAAGGUCUGGAACAGAUGAUACCAGAUACGUGUGAUGUGCGCUGUGCACGAAAAAAGACUGAAAAGAGGUUCCGUAAAACCAUUCGAACUUUACGGAAGACAGUCAGCAGGGACCACUUCCGUGUUCGCAUCUCUGGCUUGGACCAUGAAGUGGCAAGAAAGUCCUUCAAGCUACCAGAGCCACAGGAAUCAUGUGGUGUAGGACAGGUGCAUGUGGGUAACAGAUGUGAUCAGUGCUCACCAGGUGAAUAUUCCCCUGAUGGCUUCAAACCUUGUCUGCCAUGCCCCCUUGGAACAUACCAGCCUGAAGCUGGGCGGGUAUCCUGCUUUCCCUGUGGAGGAGGUCUAACAACAAGAUACAGCAGUGCAUCCUUGUUUCAGGAAUGCGAGACCAAAGUUCAGUGUUCACCUGGCCAUUUUUAUAAUACUACAACUCAUCGGUGUAUUCGCUGUGUAGUUGGGACGUACCAGCCUGAGUUUGGACAAAAUUACUGUAUUUCAUGCCCUGGAAACACCACUACUGAUUUUGAUGGGUCAACAAAUAUAACACAAUGCAAAAACAGGCAGUGUGGAGGUGAACUGGGAGACUACACUGGAUAUAUCGAAUCACCAAACUAUCCAGGGGACUAUCCUGCGAAUGCAGAGUGUACUUGGAAUAUUAACCCACCACCAAAGCGCCGUAUUCUGAUUGUGGUUCCAGAAAUAUUUCUGCCAAUAGAAGAUGAGUGUGGAGACUACCUGGUGAUGCGAAAAAGCUCUUCUUCCAAUUCUGUGACCACGUAUGAAACCUGUCAAACCUAUGAACGCCCUAUAGCUUUCACUUCGAGGUCUAAGAAGCUGUGGAUCCAGUUCAAGUCGAAUGAAGGGAACAGUGCCAAAGGAUUCCAAGUUCCUUACGUAACAUAUGAUGAGGAUUACCAAGAGCUAAUAGAAGACAUUGUUCGGGACGGCAGACUUUAUGCAUCUGAAAAUCAUCAAGAAAUACUGAAGGAUAAGAAGCUGAUAAAAGCAUUGUUUGAUGUGUUGGCGCAUCCACAGAACUACUUCAAGUACACAGCCCAAGAAUCAAGAGAGAUGUUCCCAAGAUCCUUCAUACGGCUGCUGCGCUCUAAAGUUUCCAGAUUUUUGAGGCCUUACAAAUAGUUGAUGCCCAACUUAAAGUACUAACCAGCGCUGGGCAUGCACACGGGGCUGGUGGUAGGUGGGGCUGCUUUCUGUGUUUUACUCAGUGGUGAAGAGACUCUGGGGAAACUUGCCAGCUAGCUCCAUUCUUGGCGGAGUUUGGCUUUUUCAGCUAAUAUAAAUAUUUUCAUGACCAGAAUUUUGAUUCCUUUCUAGAUAAUACCUCUUGGGUACCCAGGAUACUUCAUGGGUGUGUGAGCUCUGCCCUGAUGCUUCAUCAGUAACUCUAAAAGCUAAUGAAGACAGACAGGCUAAGUAGUGGGCUGCCAUAAAUGCACAUUACUUCAACAAAGCUGGAUUCAUGUUCACCCUCACUGAAAGUGAGGACAAGAUUGAUGUCUCUCUCAACUUUUGCUAUGCAGGAAAUUCAGAGCAACGAUUGAAAUGCUUUUAAUCUAAACCAGUGAGUCCAAGAAUUGCACAAGAUGUCAUUUUUCUCUGAACGGUGUGUUGUAUGAGGCACAUGGAGGAAUAAGUGAAGUGUUGAAUAUCAGCUUGAAUGCUCUGGGUCUGUAUCAUGCUGUAUUUCUUCAUAUCCAUGCUGAUGACCCAUUGGUUUAAAAGGAAUAACAGCAGGAGGAAAGUAGGGCAUCACAGUAGUGGAAAACAGACCCUGACCCACUGGAUACUUCCAUUUUGGCCUGACUGCAAAUG